AGAGAGAGAGAGAAAGAGAGAAGAAAAAGAAAUAAGAUGAUAGUAGUAAAAAUGUAACAUCUUUUUCUUUCGUGGAACUUUUUCUUCGCUUCUUUACCAAACUUUCUUUACCUCGAGCAUUUCUCUCGAUCAUCGUUAGUACCAAAGAAAUACUUAACUCUGUUGGUCGUUGGUGGGCCCAAUGUCACCGAUUAUAUUCGUUUAACGGGACCAGCACGUCCCACGAACGGUGGAGGAGAGGAGACGAUGGAGGAGAAGCGUAAUUUCUCCAAGAGGAGCGCGUGUUAACCGGGGUUCCGCUCGGUCAGUCGGUGACAAAGCGGCUUCGCGUGAGGAUUUGCUCCGUUUUUUUAUAUAAACAUAUAUAUGUGUAUACGUAUAUACAUAUAUAGUUAUAUAUAUGUAUGUAUGUACGUAUGUAGACGAAUUAACAUUCCUUCCACAACGGUCUGUGCGUACGUGUGUGUGUUGAAAAGUUUUGCCUCGUUUUGUCUGAACAUAGAAAGAGGAAACGAACGUUUCUAGUUUGCAUAAAUUAUUAUUAUUUUUUUUUUCUCUCAUUAUUUUUUUCCUUUUCUUUUUUGUGCGGGUUUAUACCAUAUCCAUGACGGAAAGAAUUCUACCUUUAACUUUUUAGUUAUCCACGAGAUGACUGUGAUCAAUCGUCAAAGGUUUACAACUUUUUUACAUUAACUCAAUUCGUUAGUUCAAUGUAAUUUUAAUAAAAGAUAGCAAUAAUUUACAUGAUUUAACCGUAGUGUCAAAUGUUACAUUCUAUCAGUGGUAUAUAAAAGGAGAAAAAGAAAUAGUGUACGUUUGAUCCGUGAUAAAUGAAAUAAAUACACGUUCAAAGCAACGUACAGUGCGCGUUCAAAGAAAAAGAAAGAAUCAAAUGAAAUGAAAUGAAAUGGAAUGAAAUAAAAUAAAUAAAUAAAUAAAUAAAUAAGUACAAACUCAACGACCAAGAGGAUCUAAUUCCAUUCAUCUAAAAAUAAUAAUAUUUUCUUGAAUCCAUUAUACACUCGUAGCUCUUCUCCAUGUUGCUAUGUCGGUGUGAUAAAAAACGUUUAUCGUAUAUUAAAAAGGAGAAAGAAAAGGAAAAAAAAAUUAAGCAAAAACGAGGUCAUUCGUUCGAUAUAUUUUUCUCAAGCAAGGAGCCAAUGAUGUAUUAUUAACAAUAUUAAGACAAAUGGCAGAAAAGUAAAGAAGAGUUUUUCAUUCGCUAAAAGAAAAAUAAAUAGAAGAAGAAGAAAAAGAAAAUCUUUCGUUCGAUGAAAUUUUUUAAAUAAUGGGAAUAAUGAUUUUUGAUUGAGAUAAAUAGAUGUGAUUGUAACUUGCGAUAAGAAGAAGGAAAAACAGGAAGUUUGAAAAAAUAUAAAGGAGGAAAAUUGUUACAGGAGAAUAAGAAAAUUAAAAAGGAAGGAAGAACGUUUAAGAAGGUCUCGUUGGGAGACAAAACGGACAUUGCAAAUUGAAAGGAGUUGGAGUGAACAUCUCUAUGCGAAAGAAAUAACAUACUUGUGAACGCGCACUCGCACGAAAGAAAGAGAGAGAGAGAGAGAGAGAGAGAGAGAGAGAGAGAGAGAGAGAGAGAGAGAGAGACAAAGAAUCAGGGAGAGAAGGCACAUAUUAAAUAUUUAUUAUUUGCACGAAAAGAGAAGAGAACAACCAUUUUUACAUUUCCUACACUUAACUCUGUAUCCUCGUUGAAAGAGUUUGAAUACAAAUUGUUCAUACACAGACGGACUAGCACGGACGUCCUUUAGUUAAUUUAACUCAAAGACUUUGUUGGUCGACUUUAAAAACUCGUUAAAAUCGCACGUACUAAAUAAAAAGGAAAAUUCUCUAGUUCUUCGUAUAUUCGAGUAUCGUUUCUCUAUUAAAUAUCUUCAAAACGGGUAACGUAUUUUCAAAUCGAUUUUUGGAGCGCCGAGAUAAACAUGAGGUAGAAGUAUUAGUCAGUACUACGACCCAUGGGGCUACACCAUUGGUUAUGGCCUGUAGAAAUGGCCACUACGACGUGGCAGAAUACCUCGUUGUAAAAUGUGGGGCAGAUAUAGAACAACCCGGCUCAGUUGUCUUUGAUGGAGAAACCAUAGAGGGUGCGCCACCGUUGUGGUGUGCAGCGGCAGCCGGUCACAUCGAACUAGUGAAGUUGCUAGUACAACGAGGGGCGAACGUGAAUUCGACGACGAAAACAAAUUCGACACCGUUAAGAGCAGCUUGUUUUGAUGGACAUUUUGAAAUUGUUAGAUUCUUGGUCAAGAAUGGUGCAGACAUAGAAAUGGCAAAUCGUCAUGGGCACACGUGUUUGAUGAUAGCAUGCUACAGAGGCCAUAUUGACAUCGCUAAGUUACUAUUAGCUUGGAACGCAGACGUCAACAGAAAAUCAGUCAGAGGUAACACUGCAUUACACGAUUGUGCAGAAAGUGGAUCCUUAGAAAUUCUUAAAUUGCUCGUUCAACACGGGGCUCAAAUGGACGUCGAUUCUUAUGGGAUGACGCCACUCCUGGCGGCUGCCGUAACAGGCAAUACCGAUAUCGUGGAGUAUCUAAUUGGAAUUCCUGAAUUAAUAAAACGCGAGGAACGCAUAGAUGCAUUGGAACUUUUAGGUGCAACGUAUGUUGAUAAGAAAAGGGACAUGGUCGGUGCUCUAAACUUUUGGAAACGCGCCAUGGACGAUAGAUAUCAAAGCGACGUUGUAAUAUCGAAACCAUCGCCUCUACCUCUAGUAGCGGCCUACGACUUUGCUCAAGAAAUAUGCGAACCAGAACAACUGGAUGAGCUAUUGGCAGACCCAGACGAAAUGCGUAUGCAGGCAUUAGUAAUUAGAGAAAGAAUUCUGGGUCCAGCACAUCCAGAUACAAGCUACUAUAUUCGCUACAGAGGAGCUGUCUAUGCCGAUGCAGGAAAAUUUGAUCGGUGCAUACAACUAUGGAAUUAUGCGUUGGAUAUGCAACAGGGGAUGCUCGAGCCUUUAAAUCCGAUGACACAGAGUUCCUUCUUUAGUUUUGCCGAACUCUUCAGCUUCAUGAUCGGUGAGGAAGGUAGACAAACUAGUAGAGGAAGGAGAGUACCUCCUGUGGACAGACAAGAGAUACUUAAAAUUUUCUUAAAGGCUAUAGUAGAAGUUAGAUUGGGCAAGCAAUUAUUAGAUAAAGUUCCACUUAGAGAUCGCGACGUCACAUCUUUAAACAGAAUUUUAUUAAUAACAUUGCAUCUAGCUUGUUUGAUGACGCGCGACAUGCCCACAGAAGGUACAUACGAGUAUGAGGCCAUACAUAAAGCUAUUUACGAAUUGGUUCGAAUCAACGCAAAGGGCAAAGAGGUAAUUAGCCUAUUGCCCCUUAGCAUAUCAGAGGAUCGUGACGCCUUACAAUUAGUACAUAGCGACGACGUCGCUUUGGUAGGAAGGUAUCCGAUCUGCAAAUUUCACUCACCGCACUUGACCACAGCUUUGUUGAAAGUUGGGGCAGAUGUUAACUCGAGAGAUAGGAAUGGGAACACUGCUUUACAUUGGGUCGCCAUGUCGUUACCUUGGCGUCCAGACCUUGCUGUAGCGCUUCUCGACGCAGGUGCUCAUAUCGAUACCGUUAAUAGAGAUAAGAAAACCUUCAAGAGUUUGCUACGCAACAAGCAAAACUAUUACUCGAUCAGUCCGUUAAAAUAUAUCACAUUGUCGUGCUUAGCGGCUAAGGUAAUCAGAAGGUGGUGUAACGACGAACAAAUCGACGAAGUCGUUCCCGGACACUUGCAAGAGUUUGUUAAAAUGCAUUAGCUAAUACGAAUACGAAAAAACGAACUGUUUGUUAUCAUCGGAUAUCGCGAAGUUCUCUUCGCUUUAUCGUUUUUACCUAAUAACGUUUUUUUCUUUCUUUCUUUCUUUCUUUCUUUCUUCCUUCCUUCUUCCCUCCCUCCCUUCCUUCUUUUUUCCUUUUUCUUUUCUUUCCUUCUCUUUUCCGAUACUCUUAAUGACCCGAAUUAAGCGAACGUUGAUUGAGUCGUAAAGUAGAGAUAUCGAAUGCAUGAUUGAUGAUAACAGGAAUAAUUGUAUUUUAACAACUCUCGCGAAGUAUUUUUCAAAUACCGAAGAUUUAUGACGCACUACGUGCCGACAGAGAAAAAAAGUGAAAACUGUAAAAGAAAGAAAAAUAAAAAGGAUGACGUGACCACAAGCAUGGUCAUAUGAUCGAAUGUAUGAAGUGUGCAGCAUGAUGAUAAACGUAAACUCGCAACGUUUGUGUAGUAACUCUGAUUUCUUUCUUUUUUUUUCCUUUUCUUUUCUAUUCUAUUCUAUUUUAUUUUAUUUUAUUUUAUUUUAUCUAAAGAACGUUCGUAAAUUCUUCGAAUUAAUGGUUGGAGAUCAGCGACAAAUAAUUCAUAGAUUCGAAGAUAAUGUGUUCGAUUAAAGUAUUACGCUUGUCGACUUUAGUGUUGCCAUCCAUGAAUAUUUUUGCCAAGAAUCGAUCGUCGUGCUUCAUAAAAAUGAUACGAGCUUAAAAACAAAUUUGUAAACAUCUUUGCCCAAGUUGAAAGAUCUCUUUGGUAUCGAUAUAUAAUUGACUAUAUAAACGGAACUUUUAAAUAUCGAAUAACAUGAAAGUCGUUAAAGAUCGUUAUGAUCAUUGAUUAAGAGAUAUUCGAUUAUUGUGAUUUUCGCUACGCGAUAAACUUGGCAAAAGGCCUUUUCACCCUUCUCCCCUUAUACAUAAGACCCCGCGAUUAAAAAAAAAAGCCAUAACUUUUAGAAAAACACCGCGUUGAUAUAUGAAUAUUUUAGCGAUAACGUGGUAAACGUAAUAAUAUUAAAUUAAACUUGUGUACUCUUAGAAAAAGAAAAACGAAUUUUUACCUUCAGUAAUGUAUAAAACGAAAAAUAAAUAUAUGCAGGAUGAGAAAAUUUCUAAUACACGCAUUUUUCCAUGUUAAACACAUUUGGCGGGAGAUAAUAUUGAUUAGAAAAAAAAAGGAAGAAAAAAAAAAGAAAUAGAGUCACGUCGUUGAUCACGCACAAAAAAUUUUUCGGAUAAUUUGUAAAAAAGAAAAAAAAAAGAUAACUAUUUCGCAAUAAUGAGAUAAGAGGACUAUGUUAAACGAUACGUUCGUUCGUUGAUUGUGUCGCUCUUAUUUUUUAACAACCUAUCUAAUAUAUCGAAAUGACGACAUGUCUUUCAUUAAUAUUUUUUCGUUGGAGAAAAUAAGAAAAAAAAAAAAACGAUGAUAUCGCGCGUAUAAUCCAAGUCUGUAACUAUUUACAUGGAGCCUUAUGCUUUUGCGCCAUUGAGGAUACCUUUAUUUCAAAUGUGAUAAAACUUACACGAUAGAUUAAAACUAUAAACAUAUAUACAUAUAUACAUACAUACAUAGAUACGGCAAGAUGCGAGACGUUGUUUAGAAGAGGUGCUUCUUUUUAAUCGACGAACGAUGGAUGCACCUAAUGCAAUUUAGUAUGUAUGUGAUCGUGAGAAAUCCACUAACGAAACAUUUACACUUAUUUAUUUGACUUUUUUUUCUUUUUUUUGUUUUCUUUUUUUUGAGGAAUAUAGUUUUUUUAUAUACUUUUUAUGCAUUUUCCGUUUGAACGAGUUGUUUUAGCUAGUAGAAUCACAUUCUCACAUAUUUACCUUUUAUGCGGAACGUUGUCUCGAUCCUCUGUGAAAAAAUAUAAUUCUUAUCUUACAUAUUUAUCGAGAAGACUCGAACCGUUUUAUAAUGUAAAGACUGUGGAAAUACAGGUGUGAUAAAAAAAGAAAAAAUAUAUAUAUUAUAUAAUCGAAA